AUGUAUCCACAAGGCCGACAUCCGGCUCCUCAUCAGCCAGGCCAGCCAGGCUUCAAAUUCACCGUGGCGGAGUCUUGUGACCGAAUUAAAGAUGAAUUCCAGUUUCUUCAAGCCCAAUAUCACAGUCUUAAGGUGGAGUACGACAAGCUGGCCAAUGAGAAGACUGAGAUGCAGCGUCACUAUGUCAUGUACUAUGAAAUGUCUUACGGACUCAACAUUGAGAUGCACAAACAGACGGAGAUUGCCAAACGGCUGAACGCUAUUUUAGCGCAAAUUAUGCCUUUCCUGUCACAAGAGCACCAACAGCAGGUUGCUCAGGCAGUGGAGCGGGCAAAGCAGGUCACUAUGACUGAGCUGAAUGCCAUCAUCGGGGUACGUGGACUUCCCAAUCUGCCUCUCACCGUGUGUACCCCCUUUUAUUCUUUUUUUGACCUUGGUUGUCAGCAGCAGAUUCAGGCGCAGCACCUCUCCCACGCUGCUCACGGGCCUCCCGUCCAGUUGCCCCCACAUCCCUCUGGCCUGCAACCUCCUGGCAUCCCUCCCGUGGCAGGUUCGGGAUCAGGGCUGCUGGCGCUCGGAGCCCUUGGCAGCCAAGCCCACCUUCCGGUAAAGGAUGAGAAGAACCACCAUGAUCUAGAACACAGAGGUGAGGACCGAUUAGCAACAGAUGAACGUGUACCUAUACAGGGUUCGAAGCAGAGGGAAAAAAGUUGGAAUAACUCAAUAUCACCGUCGGAAAGCUUACGCACAGCCAGCGAGAAGCACCGCAGCUCAUCCGACUACAGUUUGGACUCCAAAAAGCGCAAAGUGGAGGAAAAGGACAGCAUGAGCAGAUAUGACAGCGAUGGGGAGAAAAGCGAUGACUUGGUAGUGGAUGUCUCAAAUGAGGACCCUGCUACACCCCGGGCCAGCCCAGCACACUCGCCGCCCGAGAACGGCAUUGAUAAGCCCCGCCCCCCCAAGAAAGACACGCCCAACAGCCCUGCGUCAGUAGCGUCCUCUGGAAGCACCCCAUCCUCCAAGGCCAAGGAACUCAGUCAUAAUGACAAAUCUUCCACGCCUGGCCUCAAGUCCAACACCCCCACCCCGCGCAAUGAUGCCCCCACUCCUGGCACCAGCUCCACUCCUGGGCUCAGACCCAUCCUGGGCAAACCACCAGGCAUGGAGGCACUCGCCCCAGCCUUGCGUACACCGCUGUCCAUCGCUGGCUCUUACCCCACACCUUUUGCCAUGAUGGGUCAUCAUGAAAUGAACGGAGGCCUGACGAGCCCUGGUGUGUACGCCGGACUGCACAUUUCCCCUCAGAUGAGCGCUGCAGCCGCUGCAGCCUAUGGACGCACCCCCAUGGGUUUUGAUCCUCACACCCACAUGCGAGCCCCAGGCCUUCAAGCAAGUCUCACAUCCAUCUCAGGCGGCAAACCCGCUUAUUCCUUCCAUGUGAGCGCCGACGGCCAGAUGCAGCCUGUCCCGUUCCCACCUGAUGCUCUGAUUGGCCCUGGAAUUCCACGCCACGCCCGUCAGAUCAACACCCUGAGUCACGGCGAGGUGGUGUGUGCCGUAACCAUUAGCAACCCCACACGCCACGUGUACACGGGCGGCAAAGGCUGCGUCAAAAUCUGGGAUAUCAGCCAACCUGGCAGCAAGAGUCCCGUGUCCCAACUGGACUGUCUGAACAGGGAUAACUACAUCCGCUCCUGUAAGCUGCUGCCCGAUGGCCGCACAUUGAUCGUAGGAGGCGAGGCCAGCACACUGACCAUCUGGGAUCUGGCCUCUCAGACGCCACGUAUCAAAGCUGAGCUCACCUCCUCUGCGCCGGCGUGCUACGCCUUGGCCAUCAGCCCCGACGCCAAAGUCUGCUUCUCCUGCUGCAGUGACGGAAAUAUUGCCGUGUGGGACCUCCACAAUCAGACUCUUGUCAGGCAGUUUCAAGGUCACACAGAUGGCGCCAGCUGCAUUGACAUAUCCCACGACGGCACUAAGUUGUGGACAGGCGGCCUAGACAACACUGUUCGCUCCUGGGAUCUGAGGGAGGGUCGACAGCUGCAGCAGCACGACUUUACUUCGCAGAUCUUCUCGCUUGGCUACUGCCCGACCGGUGAGUGGCUGGCUGUGGGAAUGGAAAGCAGCAACGUGGAGGUGCUGCACCACUCCAAACCAGACAAGUAUCAGCUGCACCUGCACGAGAGCUGCGUACUCUCCCUCAAGUUCGCCUACUGUGGGAAAUGGUUUGUUAGCACUGGGAAAGACAACCUGCUAAAUGCUUGGAGGACUCCCUACGGCGCCAGUAUAUUCCAGUCAAAGGAAUCUUCAUCCGUCCUGAGCUGUGACAUCUCCACGGAUGACAAGUAUAUUGUGACGGGCUCUGGUGACAAGAAGGCCACAGUGUAUGAAGUGAUCUACUAA